UUUAACCUACAAAAUAAUUUACGAACGUUUGCAUUGUUUGGAUAGAUGAAAAUAUUAGUAUUCCUUCUCUUUGAUGAACUUCAUUUUGUCAUAUCAUAAUUUAUAUUUAAUGAGAAUUUGAUUUUUGCAAUAUGCAGUGUUCACCUGCAGAAAUCGAAAGGAAACGACAAGAAGCACUUAAAAAGUUAGCUAAAAAGAAGUCGCCACUGAGAAUCCAAAAUCCUCCUGCCAAUAGUACAAAUGGAUAUAUUCCUCUAGCAGUGUCACCAAAACCAAAAUUCAAGUUUACCAAAUCUUUCCCAGGUAUUUCUAAUAAAAAUCAUAAUGCCAAACCUUACGAGAGAACAAAAACAACAAACGAUACUACUCCCCAAUUUACAACGAAUGAGCCCAAAAUCACUGCAAAGUGUGUAUUACAGAGCGAAACUAGAUUUGUUGUAGAACUUUCAGCGUUUAGUUCUCAAGCAAUUGAAGUUUUUAAGACCAUUCCAUCAAAAAAUUAUGAUACCAAAGAAAGAUUGUGGAGCUUUCACAUUGAUGACUAUCAAUUAUUAGUAACAAAUAUGAGUGGAUUGAUGGGUCAUUUACAAUUUUCAGGAUUACCAAAAUUUGUUUUAAAUUGUGUUAGAUCACCCACAAAAGAUUUGUCUUUAAUCGAUUUAAGUCCUAUAGAACCUGAAUUGAGAAAUUCUUUGAUGCCAUUUCAAAAAUAUGGGGUUGCAUAUGGAAUUGAUAAAGGUGGUAGGUGUCUUAUAGCAGAUGAUAUGGGUUUAGGAAAAACAUUUCAAGCACUUGGCAUUGCAAGUUAUUAUAGAAAGGACUGGCCAUUACUUAUUGUUACUACUGCUUCUAUGAAAAACACUUGGGAACGAACUAUUGUAGAAUAUAUUCCAAGUCUUCCAUUAAGGCAGUUGUUAUACAUGGUGACCACUAAAGACUAUAUCAAUGAAGCACUUGUUUUGAUUGUAAGCCACGAUAUGUUCUCAAGGGUAAUAGAUAAAUUGAUGGAAAGGAAAUUUGGAGUUAUUAUAUUUGACGAGUCUCAUACUUUCAAAAAUUUUAAAACGAAAGGUGCUCAGUCAGCAAUGAAGAUAACAAAAACAUCGAAAAGAGUAAUUCUUCUUAGUGGCACCCCAGCUCUUUCUCGUCCUUCUGAACUUUACACCCAAUUAUCCUUCAUUGACAGUAAAUUCUUUGUUAGUUUCACUGAGUACUCCAAAAGAUACUGUGACGGUAAGAGUUCCCAUUUUGGAUGGGACUCUUCUGGUCAAUCUAACCUGCAAGAGCUUGAGAUCAUUUUGGCCCGGAAAUUCAUGAUAAGAAGAACCAAAGAUCAAGUUUUGGCCUCUAUGCCAAAUAAAAAUCAGGAAAUUAUAAUGUUAGAUGUUAAACUCGACCAGAUAAGCAAAGAAGAUAGGAAAUGUCUUACUUCCUUAGCUGAUAAAUUCAAUUCAAAAAAGGGAAAAGAUCAGCAUGCUGCUCUGUUGGCUUUCUUCUCGGAAACUGCAAGGAUAAAGAUUCCUUCCGUUUUGUCUUACAUACUGCAAGUACUGGAAGAGAAAAGGAAAUUUCUAGUAUUUGCCCAUCAUCAGGUAAUGCUAGAUGCUAUAGGUCAAAUUUUAACAAAAAAGGGGAAGAAAUUCAUGAGGAUAGAUGGAAGCACCAAUUCCUCACAGAGAAAUUAUUUCAUAGAACAGUUUCAGACCAAGGACGAUUGUAUUUGCGCUGUUCUAUCGAUAACAGCCGCAAAUGCCGGAAUAACUCUGACAGCAGCAGAGUUGGUGAUAUUUGCCGAGUUGCAUUGGAACCCUAGUAUUUUAAGUCAAGCAGAGAGUCGAGCGCACAGAAUAGGUCAAGAUAAGCCAGUCACAAUUCGUUAUCUUCUAGCUUCAGGGACUGCCGAUGACUCUAUUUGGCCUAUGCUCCAGAAGAAGCAGAAAAUUCUAACCGAAGCAGGACUUUUCAAGGAGAAUUUCCAAAAUGUUGAAGUUAGACACCAACCUACAACCUCUGAAGUAUUAUUAACCGAAGGCAUUGAAUAUACAACUUCUCAUAAUACUUUAGAUAUUUCUACAUAUUUCGAGACUUCUAGUGACAUGCAAAAAAUAAAUGAUAGUGUUGUCAGUGACUUGAACGAUAGUAUUAUGGAAGACUGUCCUAAUCUAAAUAAAAGUAUUUGUGAUAAUGGGGUGAACAGUGAAAUAAAUGUGGACGAUAUGUUCAAUGAUGGUUUGGAUGAUAUUUUAGGUAGUAUCGAUUUUUAAAACUGAAAUUUUAAUUUAUUUGAUAAAUUUUUGUUUAUUUGUAUGAAAAUUUAUUUUCAAACAGGAAUAUUAUGUUUUUAGUUAUUGAAUAAAACCAAAAAAAUAACUCUUAUGAAAAAAAGACUUAUUUAUCUUAGGCAAAUAUAUUUUUACACAACA